AUGGUUCUGGACGAACUCAUCGCGAUUGAUUGUUCCGAAAAGAAUCGAUUACACCAAAUCGAUUCCCCGAGCGAGAGUCCGGUACAAGGAAGAGCCGAAGAAGAAGAAGAAGAAGAAGAAGAAGACGAAGAAGAAGUCGAAGAAGAAGAAGAAGCAGCAGAAGAAGUCGAAGAAGAAGAAGAAGCAGCAGCAGAAGAAGCCGAAAGAACCGAAAAUGUUGAAGUCGUUGGGAACAGUGAUAACGACGAGGAAUAUGAUUACAAUAGGGAGAACGAAUUGAAUCUCGAAAAAGAGCGAGCAAUAGAAAGAGAGAACAAUAACGAAAACGAAGUAAAUGUCGAGGAGGAAGUGCGAAAUGAGGAUCAACUCAACGAACAUGGUGAGCUCGAGGGGGAGGAAGAAAACUUGCCUGAGGAAAAUAAUGCGGUCGACGAGGAGCGAGAAGCUGAACCGGUAGAAGAAGCCGGCACAAAUCAAGAAACCGGCCCUUGGGUUUAUGACCUUAUCAUUAUUUAA